CAGGCGGCCGCGCGCUGGCGCUCAGAGGCUCCGCGGCGCCCUGGGAACUGGGAACGCAGUUAGAGCCGGUCUCCGCGGCCCCAGGUCUCCGCGGCCCCACGUCUCGGCGCCCGAGGUCUCGGCGCCCCAGGUCUCGGUGCCCACCAUGCUGCUGAGUCCUGGCCUGCUGUUGCUCCUCCUCAGUGGCCUGCAAGCUGUUAUUGAAGCAGAGGAAAUCAGGGCCCUGGUGGGCAGUGACGUCAAACUCAGCUGCGUCUACCCGGGAACAGGUCGCUUCGACCUAGAUGACCUGUUUGUCUACUGGCAAGUCAGCGAGUCAAACGCAGUGGUGACCUACUACCUCCCCGAGAACAGCUCCACAGGCCUCGAGGACAGCCACUACAAGAACAGGGCACACCUGUCACUGGACAGCAUGCAGCAGGGGGACUUCUCCCUGCACCUGCGCAAUGUCACCCCCCGGGACGAGCAGAAGUUCAAGUGCCUGGUGUUUAGGAAAUCCUUAGAGCUGGGAAGGAUCUUGGAAGCCGUGGUCACACUGCACGUGGCAGCCAACUACAGCAUGCCGGUGGUCAGCACGCCCAGCCGCCCCUCUGCAGAGCAGGAGCUCACCUUCACCUGCGUGUCUACAGACGGCUACCCGAGGCCCAGCGUGUACUGGAUCAACAAGACGGACAACAGCCAGCUGGACAAGGCCCUGCAUAACGACACGGUCUCCCUGAACCAGCGGGGCUUGUACGAUGUGGUCAGCGUCCUGAGGAUCCCUUGGGCGCCCAGCGUGAACGUCGGCUGCUGCAUAGAGAAUGCGCUUCUGCACCAGAACCUCACGGGGGGGACAGAAACCUUCGUGGGACCUGAAGCCAUGGUGACAGACAGCCCAGCGCGUCCCCACCAGGCGGGGAGUGCGGCCGUCCUCAGCACCCUGGCCGUCCUGCUGGCGAUGGUGAUCGUGGCUGUGGCCACAGGCUGCCUGUGCAGAACCAGGUGUCCCCGUCGCAGCUACACAGGUGCGCACCAGGCCCAGCUGUCCACUUCCAGAAUUCGGAAAUGUGCCAGGUUCGUGCGGUAGGAGGAAGAGCCCACAGACCAUGUUUGACAGGAACUCACUGCCCAGGACGGGGACAGGGCUUCUCUGAGGUGCUACUGGGCGGACAUCAUACACAGCUUGGUGACAAAGGGGACAGUGAGCCACCUGCCCAUGUUGUCUGCCAGGACAGGAUCCACCUGGCCAGGAGGGGCCCAAGAGGCUGACCCUGGAGAGACGCCUCAGACACUGCCCCCCCAGAGCGAGGUCCUUCCCAACCGGGCAGCCGCACAAGUGCCCAGGAGCCCGCUGAGCCUCUGCGCUUCAGCACCAGGCUCCUCCCAAACCAGGAACCAGGCACGGGCCUCGCGGGGCACAGGGGUUCCUGAGAGCCAAGGAAGGGCGUUGGGUUUGGAAGGAGGAACGCGCACCUGCCCUUCCAGGAUGACCUCUGUGACCGCCGGAGCACUGAGGGUGUUUGCAGGAGACCUGACCCAGGGCCUACCAGCUGCCGCCCUGCCGGGAGCUCCUGUGUAGUGUGCGUUGUGUGUGCACACCUGUGUGCGUGCGUACGUGCGGGAAGUGGCCAUGCCGGAAGCCCCGGGAGACCCGCUGGACUUCUCUCUCCUCUGGGAUCCCUGCGGAAAGAAUACUGGAUCUGGCCUGUUUUGUCAAAGGCGCCAUCGUCCUCCUCAAGAGACACAGAGGUGGUGUGCUCCAGGGCCCACCUGCCCGGACGAGGGGCCUCCUGGACCUGCCGCUACGCUGGGUACAGGGACCUGUCCCUCUCCUCUCCCCACUCAGCACUCAAAACACACGAGCAGCAGAUGUGGGCUGCACCCCUGUGACCGUCAGAGUCCUGCAGGGGGGCUGCCCAGUGGAGGCCGAGGUCCCCUGCCAGCCACGAGGUCUGUCACAUUCCAGCAGCAAUUCCUCAGAGUCCCCCCCGCCUCCCGGAGGACUCCACAGUGUGAGGCCUCCUGUCCAGUGCCAGUUUCUGCAGCCCGACAGGCCACUCCAUGACAGGCAUCAGCCCUGGCCAAGCCUCCCAGGGCGGCCUCCGUGUGGCUGUCCAGAAUGGAUACAGCAGGCCGCUGUUGCUGGGGGCACACCUGUGUGUGCGUGUGCACUUCCAGGUGAGCCAGGCGUGGCUUCCCCUGAGACACAGGUCUGGCCCCUGGCUGUGGGCAAAUGCCCGCCCUCCUCCUGCCCAGAGCCCCCAACAGCCCCCGUGGCCAGGGCCUGUGUGUCACGUCCACGGUCGCUGGGUGCUAACAGGUGUGUGAGGGGCACACUUCUCACCCAGGCAGAACAAGACCUCACACUUGUGCUCACAGGCCUGUCACAGAGCAUGGUGACGGAGCCACCCACACUUCACCAAAGCAUCAGGGAGUGGGUGUCCACUGUGAAAGAAUGAGGUAGCCGGGUGCGGAGGGACGCCUUGAGCUCCGUGACUCGGAGGCUGAAGCGGGAGGAUCCCAAGUUCCAGGCCAGCAGCUCAGUGAGGCCCUCUCUCAGAAUGAAAUAAAAACGGCUGGGGCGCCGCUCGGGCAGAGCACUGCCCGGUAUCGCAAAAAGA